CGCAGCGGGCGGGCAGGGACCGAAGCCCAGAGACCAGAGCAGGGGGCACCGGGGCGGCCCGGAACGGCGCGAGCACAAUGAGCAACAAAUACGACGUGGUCGUGGUGGGGGGCGGCAUCUCAGGUAUGGCAGCAGCAAAACUUCUGCAUGACUGUGGCUUGAAUGUGGUUGUUCUGGAAGCCCGGGACCGCGUGGGAGGCAGGACGUACACCUUGAGGAACCAAAAGGUUAAAUAUGUGGACCUUGGAGGAUCCUAUGUUGGACCAACUCAAAAUCGAAUCUUAAGAUUAGCCAAGGAGCUGGGAUUGGAGACCUAUAAAGUAAAUGAAGUUGAGCGUCUGAUCCACCAUGUAAAGGGCAAAUCAUACCCCUUCACAGGCCCAUUCCCACCUGUGUGGAAUCCAAUUGCCUACCUAGAUCAUAACAACCUUUGGAGGACGAUUGAUGACAUGGGUCGAGAGAUACCCAGUGAUGCCCCAUGGAAAGCACCCCUUGCAGAAGAGUGGGACCACAUGACAAUGAAGGAGCUGCUGGACAAGCUCUGCUGGACUGAAUCUGCAAAGCGGCUUGCUAUUCUCUUUGUGAACCUGUGUGUCACCGCAGAGACUCAUGAGGUCUCUGCUCUCUGGUUCCUGUGGUAUGUGAAGCAGUGUGGAGGCACGACUAGAAUCAUCUCUACAACCAAUGGAGGGCAGGAGAGGAAAUUUGUGGGCGGAUCUGGUCAAGUGAGUGAGCGAAUAAUGGACCUCCUUGGUGACCGAGUGAAGCUGGAGAGGCCUGUGAUCCGCAUUGACCAGACAGGAGAAAAUGUCCUUGUGGAAACCUUGAACCGUGAGAUAUAUGAGGCUAAAUAUGUGAUUAGCGCUAUUCCUCCUACUCUGGGCAUGAAGAUUCACUUCAAUCCCCCUCUGCCAAUGAUGAGAAACCAGCUAAUCUCUCGUGUGCCUUUGGGGUCUGUCAUUAAGUGUAUGGUUUAUUAUAAAGAGCCCUUCUGGAGGAAAAAAGAUUACUGUGGAACCAUGAUUAUUGAAGGAGAGGAAGCUCCAAUUGCCUACACAUUAGAUGAUACCAAACCUGAUGGCAACUAUGCUGCUAUAAUGGGAUUUAUCCUUGCCCACAAAGCUAGAAAACUGGCACGUCUUACCAAAGAAGAAAGGUUGAAGAAACUUUGUGAGCUUUAUGCAAAAGUUCUGGGAUCCCAAGAAGCCCUGCAGCCAGUACACUAUGAAGAGAAGAACUGGUGCGAGGAGCAGUACUCUGGGGGCUGCUACACCACCUACUUCCCCCCUGGGAUCAUGACUCAAUAUGGAAGGGUUCUGCGCCAGCCAGUGGGCAGGAUUUUCUUUGCAGGCACUGAGACUGCCACACAUUGGAGCGGCUACAUGGAGGGGGCUGUGGAGGCUGGGGAGAGAGCAGCCCGAGAGAUCCUGCAUGCCAUAGGGAAGAUUCCAGAGGAUGAAAUCUGGCAGUCAGAACCAGAAUCUGUGGAUGUUCCUGCACGGCCCAUCACCACAACCUUCAUGGAGAGACAUUUGCCCUCUGUGCCAGGACUGCUGAGGCUGAUUGGAUUGACCACCAUCUUUUCAGCAAUGGCUCUUGGCUUUCUGGCCCACAAAAGGGGGUUGCUUGUGCGAGUCUAAAGAAAGAGCGUUUGCUACCAAAGCUCACCG